AUGCCACCAAAACGAGUCAGAGACGUCGAGCGUCAGCGCUGCGCCCGCGCCUGCGGCAACUGCAAACGCCGCAAAGAGCGCUGUAACGGCGUGCAGCCGUGCCGACGUUGCAUAGAAAGAGGGGUCCAGAGGGACUGCAAGAUUACGCCCCCACUUUACUCGAGAGAUACAGUGCCGAGGCCAGCGGCAGCGGCAUUUCCCAGAGGCAGCAGCACAGGCCCAAUUGAAGAUGUCCGUCGAAACGUCCGGGUUCGUGAUGAUGGGUUCCGGAACACGACUAUCAGAUCCCACUCCUUUUCCUCGUCUUCGUCGCGGCUGCUACAUGAGAGGGGAUUAGUAUACCAUCCGAUCAACGCAUUCUCCGACUCCGGUUCCGUUGCCGGGUCUUCGUUGACGUCAUCAUCGUCAGCCUCGGCCUCGGAAGCGGUCAGGGAUGCGCGAGGCCGACACAUCGUCGUGGGAGUUGCUGCUGCCAACAACAUGGGACUAUUGCAAAAGAUAUGCAACAUCGCCCGCGCCGGUCUGGGACCCUGCUCCCUUGUGGAUGCCUUGGAUUCCCCUCAAGCGAACAACUUGGUCGAGAAUUCCAGGGCCGGUCUAAGUCUCGUGCAGACGGCGAUGAACCCGCCCCCGAAGCCGAGCCCGGAGAGUGCGAGAUAUUUAUUGGAGUGGUACCGGCUCUCGACGAAUUGUAUCUUCGACAUCUUCGAACGCGCAGAGUUGGACGAGGGCUUGGCGCUAUGGCUCGAGUGUCCACCCGAGGAGCACGACACGAGGAAUGCCGCCUACUACCUCAUCCUGGCCAUCGGAGCCCAGUCUUGCACGGAUAACAAGGACGAGCUCGCGGAGACGUACUUCAACUACGGCCGAUGCGUGACGCUAGCUCUGACCGAGGACCCGAGCAUAUCCACAAUCCAGUGUCAUCUACUCAUCACAAUGUACCUUUUAUCCAGGACACGAACGAACAGCGCCUUCAUGCAUCUGGGGCUUGUGGUCCGCGCCGCCUACGCCCUGGGCAUCCACAGCCGCGAGAUCUCUUCACUCUAUCCCACCAGCGAAUACAAGACCCGGGAACGUUUAUGGAAAGCCAUCCGCGUCCUCGACCUCUUCCUGAGCAUAACGCUAGGUCGGCCGGCGUCGACUUCCGAGACGCGCGACACGACCUCGCAGGAGAACUACUCGGCAUCGAAUGAUCUCUGCCUGAUUUUCGAAAAAAUCUUGACGUGGAUCUACGGCCAAAGUAUGAUUUGUCCUACGUCCUGUAAGCGUAUAAGCGACCUCCAUCGCGGCUGGGCAUCGCGUUUCGUCAACGGUCUUGAGACGGAUAGCAUAUCACCCGGUGAUCACAUCGAAACGCGCGUGGGGAAAAUGCCCAAUAUCGGCCUCAUACACUUGAAAGAGGCAUAUUACUGGACCAUCAUGCUGCUCACGCAACCGUUCCUGGUCAAGCUGGUAUCCUCGCACACGUCUCAGACCACAACGUCUCAAACGGGGAAACCGGGUAGCAACAGCAGCAGCAGCGCCCUCGAAGGAGAUCUCUACCCCUCGCCACCUCAACCGAGCGUCGUGUUUGCCGAAGCGUGCGUGGACUCUGCCAUCCGCACCGUUGAACUUCUCCAAAUAUUCCUCACCAAGGGAAACAUACCGAGGCGGUUACCGUUCGUCAUCAACUCGGUGUUUGUGUCGGCGCUGACGUUGAGCCUGGCACUCUUCGGCGACCUGGAUCGCUACUUUCCCGUGGGGCGAAGUUUGGAGAAGGCGAAGGAAAUCCUUCGAUGUUUCAGCCAUCAUGACACGACGACGGAGAAGCUUCUCUUGAUAGUGGAUAGGCUUCAGAAUGCGUGCAAUACCUACAUCGAGGCGCGUGACUUUCGCCAAAUGGAGGGCCGGCUGUAUAUUAUGAGGGACCUUUUUGGAAGUUCUGUUUUUGAUUCGUUCAACCGUCUUGGUUCUUUCGGUGGGAAUCAAUCGGACAUUCAGGGGCUUUUAACCACGGCUUAUCAAUUGAGUACCCAUCCAAGAGCAGCCUUGGAAGAACCAGUACUAGAAGAAAUAGUAGAAGACAUAGCCAAUAAUGAAGACAACGAGGAUAGCUACGAUAUUAAUGAUGCGUUGCAGGCAGGACAGAGAGAACUCAGUUCAGAUCCGAACUGGGACAGAUCCCUCUCGCUUGAUGUUGAUGAUUCUCUUUUGCGCAUGUUUUGGCACGGUCAUGAUUUGGAGAGCCUGAUGCAAGCGGAGGGACUUUGUUCGGAAGAUUUGAACAUGUUGGGAUUCUAG